UAAUGUUUUGAAAUUUUUGAAAUGUUUUUACAUAGAAGCACAGAACGUUUCUAUGGAUUCUAUUGUUCGAAAUGUCCCUUUUCGAACGUCAUAAUGUCAAAGUGAAACGAUGCAGCAUAAAGAACAAAACAACAAAGGAUUCAUUGUUCGGGAAUGACGUUUAUUUUCUUCAUACUCGGCCGACCUUUGAUACUACUGGAUGGAUAUAAUGCUUGCAGCGAGAGGAUCUAUACUCUUGACUGGUGCAACGCUUGGGAACGCCCACUGGCGACUUUCAUCUGUGUUGCAGACUAAUGUGUCAGUGUGUCGUCCACCAUUAAGCUCCUACUAUUGCACCAGUACAGAAAAUUCUCGGGGAAGUAAAGUUGGGAACGGUAUCACAUCUACUCUCGCUAUAUCACACAAGUCUAAAGCUCUCGUACCUUUCAAGAUUUUCAAUACCCACAAAUACUGGCGCGCAGGCAAACGGUACGACCACGAUGACAGCCAGAAAAAACGGAAAAGGAUUGAAGAUGCCAGGAGCCAGGCUAUUGCAAAGGCCCAGCUGAAAGUUGUUGGAAGGAACACCAAGGCUAAAGUGAGGGCUCUUCUUCUGAUGAGUAUUGCCUGUACCGUGGACAAACAGAGAGACGCCUGGAGUCGCGACGAAGAGCGCAUGCUCGGCGCUCUGUACGUGCUCCUCGUAGCAACAGAAGCGCUACUGGACACCAUCUCAAAACCAUCCACGACAAAACAACUCCUCCAACUCCUCGUGAACAACAGACACUUAAGAGACUAGACAAUGAACUCUACCAUCUCAAGAAACUCAGGCACAUCUUGAAGUCUUACAUGCGCACGAUGAUCAGAUGGGAGAGAAGAGGACAGUGUGAGAGAGAAAGAGAGAAGCUCCUACAGGAAUUAACACUAAGGCUGGAGGGAGAGGCGGAUGAAAUGGAGGGAAGAAAGGUCAACAGAUGGAAGAAUUUUCUCGCCUUCGUUCGAAGCU